GCUGGCGCCGCCGACUGAAGAGUCGGGAGAGAGAUCGGUACAUCGGAAACAGCGGAUCGGCUGUCGGAGUCUCUGUACUCGGCAAAUCGCGCUCUCUCUCUCUCAUUGGUGGGGUGAGCAACUUUCCAUAAUGGAGGCUCAAAUGUUAACUCAGAGAGAAUUAUUUGUAGUAGAACCUUUGGAGCUCGUUCCAGAACGAAUAGAAAUGGAUCCUCUGGUUUCUGCAAAUAUCCAGUUUGCACUUGAUCUGUUCAAGCAGUUGGAUGAAGCUAACAAAGUUGGCAACCUCUUUAUGUCUCCAUUUAGUAUAUCAUCUGCACUGGCCAUGGUGCAUCUUGGUGCAAAAGGAAAUACAGCAACUCAAAUGGCUGAGGUGCUUGGUUUUGAUGAAGUCAAAGAUGUCCACUCUGAAUUUCAGAAACUGCAAGUUGAUUUCAUCAACCCUAAAGCAAAUUAUGUCUUGAAGACAGCAAAUCGCCUCUAUGGGGAGAAGACCUACAGCUUCCUUACAGUGUUUCUUGAGGCUUCUGGAAAAUAUUAUCAGGCAGGACUGAGUGCUGUUGACUUUGUCAAUGCAGCAGAGGAAGUUAUAAAAGAGAUCAACUCUUGGAUUGAAGAACAGACAGCAGGAAAAAUCAAGAAUAUAUUUCCGCCAAAAAGCCUGGACUCUUCCACAAAGCUUGUCCUUGUGAAUGCCAUUUAUUUUAAGGGAACCUGGAAGGAGCAAUUUGAUAAGGGAAGCACAUACACUGGAAAAUUCAAAUUAAAUGAGAAUCAAGUGAAAAAUGUGGAAAUGAUGUGUCAAACCGAGUAUUUUAGUUACAUUCACAUCCAUGAAUCUGCAGUCAAGAUAAUUGAACUCCCCUAUCUUCAGGAUGAGCUCAGCAUGGUCAUUCUAUUGCCAGAUGAUGUCAAUGGACUCGAAAAUCUUCAACGUAGUUUCACUCUUGAUUGUCUGAAAACUUGGACCAACCCAAAAAACAUGUACCAUACAAAGGUUAAUGUCACUCUGCCCAAAUUCAAGCUGGAGGAAAACUAUGAUCUGACAUCAAUCCUCUCCCAAAUGGGGAUGGAAGAUGCUUUUGGUAUAGGGAAAGCCAAUCUCUCUGGAAUGAGCAACAGUAAUGAUCUUUCUUUGUCAAAAGUCAUUCAUCAGUCCUUUGUAGAAGUUAAUGAGGAAGGCACAGAAGCAGCUGCUGCCACAGUAAUUGGCCUUUUGGGAUAUGGAAUGGUAACCAUAGAAGAAUUUAAGGCUGAUCAUCCAUUCCUGUUCUUCAUACGUCACCAAAAGACACAGACCAUCUUGUUUUAUGGGAGGCUCAGUAAUCCUUAAAUAAAGUGCCUUGUAACCUACAUAUCUUCAAAUCAAUUGGCUAAUGUCUACAACAGCAAGUUUGACAGUGUGAUCAUGAAACCUUUUUUCAAAAUAACCUAAGGGAUUUCCUGGGGAUUUCCUAGAAUGAAAUUUAUUGGUAGUUGAAAAAUGGCGUGGAACUUAGUAUAAUUUAUGCCUUGAUUAUUAUAAAUAUUCAUUAUAUUUUUACGUUAUAUUUUUGCAUUGUCUUUUUAACUUGAGUGAAGUGAAUGGAAAUUAUGUGCUUCAAGUCCUUAAGUAAAACAAGAGGCACAUGUAAGGGAGAGGAGCUUGUCUGAUAUAAAAAAAUUUAUCACCAUUAGGCCAUAAAAGUUAUUUUUUGAUAUUCCUAAAGAAUGAUAGAAGGUGACAAAUGUAAUAAGAUGUUGGAUAAUGGAAUUCAAACUUCUAAUGAUCUUUGCAUCUCGUUCAUCAGGACUCUUGACAAAUUUUAAUUUGGCCAUUUGGAGACAGACCUUCCCCCUCGUCCAAUAAAGCCCUUUGCUUUCUUGUUGAAAUUUUCACUUGUGCAUCCAAAGGUUUAUCUCAGACUUUGAACAGUUUGCAAAUAACUUUCAGAUUAAAAUUUGAUCUUUGUCUACCAGUUUAUAUGCAUUCCCCUCAUCCUUUCUGCUUAAAGCUUAAAAUUUACAUUAAUAUUUUCUAUUCUGUUAUCUAAAUGGUGAAAUUUUUUGACACUGUGUUUCUAGGUUAAAAUUUGGUAAGGCAAAGUAAUAUCAUUAUCCAGUGCAUGUUAAUCAUACUAAUAUAACUAAAUACAUUGUGGGAGGGUUGAUGGAUGGUAGAGGAUCCAGCUAUGGUGAUGAUUUUAAUGUCAAAACCUUCCUGCUAUGGGCAUUGCUUUUGGAUAAGCUGGAAUUUUUAUUAACCACAAUUGUCUACUUUAGUUUGCUACAGAAAUAAUUGUCCAUGAGCUAUAUUUGAAUUUCUAACCGUUGUCAAUAAAAGCCAUUAAGCACCCUG